AUGUCACUGUCACUUGUCACUGUCUGUGUGUUAGUUAGGUUAGGUUAUAAAAUAAAGAAAAACAGUGUUAAGUUAAAAUACAAAUAGAUUGCCUUUGCCUAUUAACUAUAUAAACUGGAAAGUAAAAUGGUUUUAUUAAAUACUGCUGUCAAUUUUAAAUUAAUAUAUAGAAGUAUCAGUAAACGCGCUUUCAAUUGGUAUGAAGAGGGAUUACAACAUCAUGGCUUUAAAUAUUAUCCAAAAAAUGCUGUGCGUACUGACCCUUCCAUGAACCCUGCAAAGUUAUUUAGAGUGGAAUUAAAAAAACCAUUUAAGGGAGCACCUUAUUGGGAAAAACACAUCAUGAAAGAAUUUAAACUCGAUAAAGUAAAUUCAUAUACUAUAGUAAAAAACAUCCCUGAAAAUAAUCAAAGGCUAUGGAAAAUAAAAUACAUGAUUAAUAUAACACCUAUUACAUUUCCUAAUGGUUUUCCACAUGUCAAUGAUGUAACUUAUCUUCAAGAAAAUGGCGAAUUAAACAUUAUUAAAAAGGGUGCAAUUCACAAAGAGCAACUAGGUGCAUCCGACAAAUUCAGAAAUGAUCGACAACGCUUGGAUGGUGAUACUCUAAGACGACAUUCAAGACAAAAAUGGUUAACUGGUUGGGAUUCACCAUAAGCUUAAAUUUGUUUUAGAAGUAAAUAAUAAUAUGUUUUUUAAUAAAUGUUAUGUUAUGAUUUGA